UUGUGUAAACUUAGACAAUGAAGGCUUGCAAYUUUUYUUAUUUCAUCUUAUUUCUCUUUYUUUUUAAUGAAGUGAAUGCAAAGGAAUGUUCUUCAAAGAGAUCUGCUACAAAAGAUUCAGAAUUGAAGAUCGAUAGAAAGAGCAAAGCUGAACGCUCUCGACAAACAAGCWUGCCAGCAGACGACCAAAGGACAUCAGCUCAACAGCCAACUAUUGACAAACUGCCGUCGGCACUUCAAGGCCUCUUAGCGAAGGCUUUUGGUCGACGUCCGUUGAAUAUGAUCACAAUAGGAGGUUCAAACUCUGCUGGCGGAGGAGUCGAGAAAGCCCAUCGAAUGUACUACAAUCUAUUCACUGAUUGGUGGAAUAAAAUUAUCUACGAGAAKACUGGCUCCAAGSUGACGUCAUACAAAAUGGCCAUCGGCGGAACCGGAAGCGAUUUUUUCGCGUUUUGCUUUCAAAAUUUUUUACCCAAAAUUCUACCAGACAUCGUAUUGGUUGAACUGGCMAUCAAUGAUUAUGGAUAUAAAUAUGGUGAGGCUGCAAAGUCCAUGGAGCUGUUGACUCGUAGACUUCUCGCGCUACCAACGAAACCGCUGGUAAUAUAUWUCAACUUGGUGGACAGAAGUCUUUACGAGAGGAAAAUCACAAAUACUGAUUGUUUAAACAUGGAAGACCUUGGAUAUGCAGAGCUGGCAAAGCAUUAUGGGGUACUUUCUUUCAGUUGGCGCGAUUUCGUGUGUCCGCUGACCAAGUCUGGCAAACGACAAAAGAUGAAAAUAGAAAAAAACAUGUUCGGCGCCGACGGCUUGCAUGUUGGAUUUAAGGCGCAUGCGCAAGUUAUAUCAUUGGUUAUUCAGUAUAUGGAGAAAAUAUUCAGUCAGUAUUAUAAUUCGACUAAAAUUUCGAAAACGUUUACCCCGAGGGAAGAAGAAGAUGAUGGCCCUUUGCRCAUAAAGCCUUUGUUUCUUGAUUCUUCGAUCAACGAUUUUCAACUAGCYAACUCRUYGUGUUUAACGUACCUGACACCAAACUGGAAGAUCCCUUUGAAUCAAACAUUGUCUGCCGAAGUYGUCAAGUYCAAAGGAUUCCACUGGAUCACGAGGGAARAGUCGAARCAGGACKCCAAGUGGCAUACAGCUAUACGUUCURAUUCGUACUCAGGUUACCUCGCCAAACGAGGCAGAAAACAUCUCCAGGUCAAGUUAAACAUACCAAAUCUCCCCUACUCUUCCCAGAAGUCCYUSCGGUCUGUAAUGGUGAUUUUCCGAAUGAUCCACAAAACGACGUCCGUGAAAAUGUGGCUGAGUGAAGUCCCCAAGACGAAGGUGAAAUUYUCAACCAAAAAAUGUGGARAMAGWUGGUCUCAAACUCGUUUGUAUCCCUUGGCAACCGAUGUAAAGCCGGGUCACUACACCCUUAAUGUUGUUUCGAAUGUAGGAGUAAAUUUUGAAAUUAGUGGGUUUGUUGUUGGUUACCCUGGUUACCGUAGUCCUACUCAUUAUAAGCCUUUUGAUGUUAAAGCCAGAGUGUGGAGUGAAAAAGACUACGAAAAACUUCGCUGUAAAUCCUAACCAAUAAUAUAUUUUGUUUACUACCUUUAACGAUGAACGACUCAUCGUAAUACGAGGAAAACACACUCGUUUGACUGUCAUUAUAGAUUUGAACGCCUCGUAUGAAUUCUAAAAAGUUAAGUGUUAAAAAAUAAUACAUUAAAUAAAAUCAUAAAAUUUGAAAAUCACUGUGGUGAUGUAUGUUAGCUGUGUGAGACUGGUCAGCGGCUUAUUUCGCCGGCUCACAUAAAUACUAUGUAAUCUUUUAUAUCGCUUAUCAAAAUCUCUU